AUUUUAUGGAUUUCAUGGGCGGUUUUCAGAGGUUCUUGUUUAUAUACGAAUAGAAAAAAAAUUCGAUAUUAAACUACUAAAAUGAGUCAAUAUUGUUUUAUAGAAGGAUGUAAUAGUAGUACAUGUAAGAGCGAAACUAAUGGAAACAAAGAAGAAGUACCAUUUUAUCGGUGGAAAAAAGAAUGAUAAAAAAUCGAAGUAUUUUCAUUUAUGUUUCCCCAAGAACCAGUUCUUCGUGCGAAAUGGGUACAUGCUUUGGUCACUUAUAAUAAACAAAAAAGUGCUCUACAAUUACGGAAGCAAAGCAGAAUAUGUGUAAAACAUUUUUCAAAUGAUUGCAUUGAACAAUUUGGUUUUCAAUACAAGCGACUGAAACGGAACUCGGUACCAUCAAUUUUUCCACGUUUUCCUAAUAAACAAUGUGAAUAAAGCACUGAUAUUGAAAAUAAUACCAUCACUGAAAUGAACGAUAACAUCCAUUUAGUGGACGUCUCUGAAUCUAUUAAUGAUGCAAUGUGAUAAGCACAUAUGUGAUUUAUUUAAUCCAUUGUCUUUAUUGUAAUAAACGGAGCAUUUUUAAUUAAAUAUACGUCUAUUAUUCUUCAGUGUUAGUACUGACAGUAAUGAUAGACUUAUACAUUGUGAAGAAGAUCUCUGUUCAAUAAAAAAUGUAACAUCAGUUGAUUAUAUGACUGCAUCGUGCAGUGAAGAGGAAGUAAUUAGUAUCGAUACCGAAGAAGACGAACAGAGCACCUCAUCAACGACAAAAAAUCAAGGACAUUUAGACACAACUCCAGAGAACAGUAAUGUUACGUUACGGUAUCCUAGUGACAUCACAGAAAGCCGUAUAAACAAUAUGUCACCAGAGACUAUGAAGACUUCCAUUUAUAUAUUGCUACGAGCGUGCAAGCACAAGGAUAAAUUAAUCAAGCGUUUACGUAUGCAAGAACGGCGUAGAAAACAAAAAUUAGAACUGCUUCUGGAGUUGUUGAUAAAUCUGAAGAAAAAUAAUUUACUUUCUUCUAACGCUUACUAUUUUCUACGAGUAUUUUUGCUUAAGAACAAAGUGCAGUGUUAAAAUUUACAGAUUUCAAAGAUCUUCGAAAACUCUAUCAGAAUUGCUUAGUAAUGUACUUAUGAAAUAACCGCAUUGCGGCGAAAAAUGUUGACUACAUUCUGUGUAAAUAUUUGAUAUGUAUUUAGAUAAUUGUGAUAUCUUGGAAAAAAGUUUUAAGGAUGACAUCACAUUAGGAUGUGGAUAGUGUCGGAGUUUGCCACUGAGGGCAGCACAGGAUUGUGAUUGCAAAAAGAUGUCCUGUUAUCUUCCAAUAGCAGAUUCUUAGUUUGGAAGUUUAUGGUCUAAAAGAAGUUCACGUUAAUUUGAUGAACAAUUCCCGCCUAUCAGACAUGAAACAUGAUAUUCGAUUUGCGUUCAAAUUAAUUUACAAUUAUGUUUGUUAAACUGAAUAAUCAGUAGAACGCAUCGUUCCAAUUGUCAAAUAUUCAGUAUGGAAACUAAUGGUUACUUUCCAAAGUGUUCGUUAUCAGAAAAUGCCCUGCAAAUGUUAUCGAGUAUUCGGGAUGCAAUGAGAUCGAAUAAUUUUCCUGGCAGUGAAAAUUGGGAAGAAAUAACCGGAGAGUGUCUUGAUACACCGGAGGAUAUGGAAAUAGAAGAGUGCGUUAGUGAAGAUGGCAAUCGAACGUCUUCUCAAAAUUCUGUAAAUGAUAUUUCUCAAUUGCAGGAUAUUUUAGCCACUCAGAAUUUUUUUACUAAAAAUGAUCGGCCCGAUAAUAAUUUGGUAGCUUUGCAAGGUGUUUUGGAAGUAACUGACAUUACUGAAUCUUUGUAUGAAGUACUGGAGAAUAAUGGGAGGUUUGACUUCUCGAGUAUUGAAAGUAUUUCUACCGACGAAGUGUCUGCUGUUGUUCAAAAUUUAAAACCCAGAUUAAGUCCAAAUGGGAUUUAUAAUCUUGCUCGUUCUAUCUGCUCUAUGGAUAUAGAUCAACGAAUAAAGUACAUCGGCCCCUUCUGUACCAAUUUGUUAUUGCCUAAUAUUAUUACUCCGGAGAGACCGUCACGUUUGAUAUAUUCAGCGAUCAGUGAAUGCAUUGAAGUAUUUCCGGAUGAUAUGAAGAAAUUAAUACUUCAUCCGUUGUUAAAUGUUGACGUCAAGGAUACUACAGCAAUUGACAGUAUUGUGAAUUGUUUUACUCAAGUACAAUGGCCUGAUCUUACGUCGAAUUUUCUUCUUAUUGUAAAGGACUUAAAACAAUGGCACAUCGCAAUUUUACAUACAUUAACUUCAACAAAUCUAGAGGAGUCGAUGAAAGACAAAUUACUGACGUUACUUCAGAUCAAGGCUCUCCAGUUUUCCACGGAUAAAAACUACGGAAAAUGCCUGCUGAACUUUUUAAAGAAUAAUAAAUCCUUUACUGCACAGCAGCAAGAUUUAUUAAAAGAGAUCGUUGCCGUUAACGAGACUGUUUUCAAGAAACCACUGGAAAAUAUGAUAAAAAAUAUGUCUACGUAUUAGUUGAUCGAAUAAAUACUCCACUUUUUUACAUUACUCUCAUAAACGCGAAUUUAGCAUGUAUUAUAAUUUUAAAAUUCAUAAAAAUGUUAAAUGCAUUUAGCAUUGCUAAUUUUAUAAUAGUUGUAUACACGUUGCUCGUUAAAAAAGCUGAAACGCCUAAAAAUAAUUGUUCACAUCUGAUGACCGCAUAUAUUGUUUAUUAUAAUGAAGGGAAAUUAUGGUCAUGUCUCAGUAAUCGCAAGUAUUUUCUAAACCAAAAUUAAAUCACUACAUUACACUAAACAAUAUGUAUUAGUCUAAUUUGUACGAUCUUUAUUUUUAAAUGUACUGCGGUGUAAAAAGUUUAUGCAAAUUUCUCAUCUGCAAGGCGAAGGAAUUUAAUCCAUGGAAAAUUACCCGAUAAAUAUAAACGUGACGAUAGAGCGAUUCAAUCAAAACUAUUAAUUGAUCAUUCACAUCAGUGACUGAUAAUGCAUUUUAUCUCCAUUCUAUCAAUUACGAUUAGACAACGUUGGUGGUCGUUCACUCGAUUGAUUUCAAUCAUUACUUAGAUCUCGGAGAGUAUCUGAUAUUCGUUUUCGAUAUUUUUUCUCAAUGGGAAUUUAUCCUUCAAAGGUUGCUUGUUAUUUCGAAGAAGGAUCUUAUGUUGCAAUCGAUAUCGAUUUCAAAAUUGAACAGUCGGCCUCUAAUACAUUAUUCAGGUGAAAGUAAUGGACCAACCUGUUCUACAUUCAUUACUAAAAUUAUGCUUGAAACCUGUAUUCGUUGAAUCAACAUUUUUUAUUCGUUGAUUUAAUAUUUUAAUUAAUUGAUGCAACAUUUUAUUCACCGAUUCAACAAAUAAAAAUGUUGAAUCACUGAAUAGAAAUAUUAAAUCAACGAAUGAAAAUGUUGAAUCAAUGAAUAGAAGUUUCAAGCUUAAAGUAAUGAAGCAAUCUGUUCUAAAUCCAUUAUUAAAGUUAUGCUUGAAUCUUCUAUUCGUUGAAUCAACAUUUUUAUUUGUUGAUUUAAUAUUUUUAUUCGUUGAUUCAACAUUUCUAUUCGCUGAUCUAACAUUUUAUUCAUCGAUUCAACAAAUAAAAAUGUUGAAUCAAUUAAUAGAAGUUUCAAGCUUAAUAUAAUGAAGCAAUCUGUUCCAAAUCCAUUACUAAAAUUAUGCUUGAAACUUCUAUUUGUUGAAUCAACAUUUUUAUUCGUUGAUUUAAUAUUUUUAUUCGUUGAUUUAAUAUUUUUAUUCGUUGAUUCAACA